CAGGCCGCCAGAGAGGGGAGGUGGCGGGGACCCCUUCCCCGGGGGCGGGGCGGAGUCGAGAGGGAACCUUAAAAACGCGACUCCGCGGAACUCUCCCCCCGUAGCGACUGAGCGAGCAGAAACUCCCGCAGAAGGAUUCAUCAUGCAGAAACUCUUGAUCCGCGGUGGGAAAGUGGUGAACGCGGACGUCUCGCAAGUGGCCGAUGUGUACAUCGAGGACGGGGUCGUGCGGGCGGUGGGGCCGCAUCUCCAGCCUUCUUCCGACGGAGUCCAAGUGUUGGAUGCCACGGACAAGCUGGUGCUUCCCGGCGGGAUCGACCCGCACACGCAUAUGCAAUUCCCCUUCAUGGGGUCGCGGUCAAAAGACGAUUUCUAUCAAGGAACGAAGGCUGCCCUUGCAGGAGGUACCACUAUGAUAAUGGAUUUUGCAGUCCCUAACAAAGGCUGUUCCCUCAUUGAAGCCUAUAACCAGUGGAGGAGCUGGGCUGAUCCUAAAGUCUUCUGUGAUUAUGCACUACAUGUGGCCGUCACAUGGUGCAGUGAGCAGGUCAAAGAGGAAAUGAAAAUUCUUACCAGGGAAAAGGGUGUCAAUUCAUUUAAAAUGUUUAUGGCAUAUAAAGAUGUCUAUAUGGUUGGAGAUGUAGAAUUACAUACAAUCUUCAGUCAAUGUAAACAGAUUGGUGCAAUUGCUCAAGUUCAUGCAGAGAAUGGGGAUUUGAUUGCAGAGGGUGAAAAGAAGAUGCUGGCUUUGGGAAUAACUGGUCCAGAAGGACAUGAAAUGGCCCGACCAGAAGAAGUGGAAGCAGAAGCCACAUUGAGAGCAAUUACCAUUGCAAACUCAGUGAAUUGUCCUCUCUAUGUUGUACACGUGAUGAGUAAGUCUUCAGCCAAGAUAGUGGCAGAUGCCCGGAGGCAAGGCAAAGUUGUGUAUGGUGAGCCUAUAGCUGCAAGCCUUUGUACAGAUGGCACUCACUAUUGGCAUAAGGACUGGUCUUGGGCGGCAGCUCACGUCAUGGCUCCUCCGCUGAGGCCUGAUGCUUCCACUCCAGACUUCCUCAUGAAUCUUCUAGCAAAUGGUGACUUGUCUGUGACUGGAACAGAUAACUGUACGUUUGAUAUCUGCCAGAAGGCUAUGGGAAAAAAUAAUUUCACGAAGAUCCCAAAUGGAGUGAAUGGAGUAGAAGACCGGAUGUCUGUAAUCUGGGAAAAAGGAGUGCACAGUGGCAAAAUGGAUGAAAACAGAUUUGUAGCCGUUACUAGCACAAAUGCAGCUAAAAUCUUUAAUCUAUACCCAAAGAAGGGAAGAAUAGCCGUGGGCUCUGAUGCGGACAUUGUCAUUUGGGACGCCAAAGCUACAAGGACUAUUUCAGCAAAGACACAUCACCAGGCCAAUGAUUUUAAUAUAUUUGAAGGAAUGGUUUGCCAUGGAGUUCCCCUUGUGACCAUUUUACGGGGCAAAGUGGCUUUUCAAAGUGGAGUCUUUCAUAUCAAAGCAGGAGAGGGGAGAUACGUUCCUUGUGACCCUUUCCCAGAAUAUGUUUACAAGCGAAUUGGGCAACGGGAUCAGGAAUGUCAGCCUGUUGCUGUCAAGCGAGCACCUUAUGUUGGAAAAGUGGACAACUUCCCUGAAUCAAAAUAACCUCAUAAUAUAGUUAGUAUUCUUCAGGUCAAAAGAGUUGCAAUUCUUAAUUUGUGUGCUUGAAGAUUUCUGGAUGAUAUACCAAUCUGGUGGAACUGCACUGCCCGUUGAUGUUUUAAUCAUUGCUAUAUCUUGCAAAAUUACAGCAAGAUCCUCUCUCUGUUCAUGUACUUUAACUUUUAGAGAAAUCACUGUUGUUUUUCCAGCACAUGAUAAUCUCAUUCUCGGAUCUUCUCUUAGUGCCGGAUUUAUAGCAAUUAGAGCUAUCUGAUUAGAUGACAUAGAGCACCUGCCAUGAUUGUCUGCUAGAAUAAAAUCUGGAGAGGAUGAAUUAUUAUUUGAUUUGAAUAGGAUGCAGCUUCUUAAGUGCUAUUUAACUCAACAGUCUUUGAAAUAAAUGUGUAUAGCUUUAAGGCAGACGUCACAUGAUGUCGGGCAACGUAUCGGGACAGUUUUGCCAGUGCCGGCAAUGGGGUGGGCGCGGCUUCCACGUGACAUGUCCGGCCCAUGGACCGGCAGUUUGACAUCCCUGCUUUAAGGCAUGAGUUAAUCUUAACAAUGAACUGAUUGAACUAGGUAUAUCACUUGAUAUUUGUAUUUGAGAGCUAAGUGAUGGGCUGUCCCUCCAUAAAUCAUUUUGGAAAACCCUAGUUAGAUUUCUUACUGCGGUCCCUUUCAGGAUGUGCCCAUCCAACACCUUUGUAGCAUUCCAGAAGCAAUCUGCUUCUCUCUGUUCACAUGGCAUUGAAUCAUCAUUUGUAUCUGUUCUUAUGAUUUAAUAAGAUUUUUGGGUUUGCUCUGGUUUACUGAACUUGGAACAAAGCUGGAUUAUCCCUAAGGACUGUUUGCAAUGCUUUUCAAUGACCUGUCUUGCCUCGCCAUCUGAAGACAACUGAACUAGGGUUCUACAGUUUUAAGAAAAUUCAAUGGAUCUGACUUGAGUAAUUUUCUACAGCAAAGUAAAUGUCUUUUUUCCUUGCCUCAAACAAAACAAAAGAGGGGUUCUGGGUUUUUCUAUGUGCAUUUGUCAUUAUUGGUAGAAGAAUUGAACUCACCUGGUGAUGAUAUAUCAGAAAAGACAAUGCCCAGCCACAAAACUGUAUAGGGCAAAAAUCAAGGAGAAGAGAUUGGGCAAAUCUUUUAGAAGGUAUAAGAAAGCAAAUUGAAAACACUAUUGAAAUAAAUUGGGCAGCAUAUACAUUUAAUACAUUAUAGCUGGUCGCAUAGUCAGCCAGAUGUUUAGACUGGAUUUGCAUUUUUGUCCAUCUCUUGAGUUCUUCCCAAGGACAUAGCCUAGGUCCGUGGUGGA